UAAACAUUCACUUUGGAAAAGAUGUCACUAGCUUUCCGAUUCUGCUGUCUGGCAAUCUACGCGAUCUCUCUUACCCUGCGCGUUGACUGUCUCACCGUCGGCGCCUUCAACAUUCAGCACUACAGUGACAGCAAGCAGAACGAAUGGGGCGGGUACAUCGUGAAGGUGCUGAAACACUUCGACGUCGUGCUCGUCCAGGAGGUUCGCGACGUUGACCACUCGGCCCUCGAUGACCUGAAGACCUUGCUGGGUUCAAGAUCCUGGGAUUAUGUGAGCAGCGGUCCCAUAGGUCGCACGUCUGCCUACAAGGAGCAGUACGUGUACUUCUACAGGAAGUCGUCGGUGCGCGUCCUCGGCAGUUUCCAGUACGAUGAUUCGGUUAGCGACGUCUUCGAGCGGGAGCCGUACGCCAUAGAGAUUCAGUACGCGUCGUCUGUUCAGGGACGCGCUGUGAACGUGGUUCUCCUGGGAAUACACACACAGCCGGAGAUGGCUUUGGAAGAAUUGCAGGUGGGUGGAGCUGGAUCGAAUGAAUCAAUGUAGUGUCCGUAGUGUGACUUUUUUCAGACUUAAAAGUCGGAGAGUUUGAAAAUUCUAAAUUUUGAAUAGCGUUCUACGUGUAUAAAUGAAAUGCAUAAGACGUGAAAGCAGAAUAAGAUUUUAAUUUAUUAAUGUUUGCUUUAAGUUAAAAUAAGAUUAAUUUAUUCAAAGCCAUGUACAAAGUAUUUAGCUUCGUCAAAUUUCAGAUUAAAUAUCAGGACUACGACGUCACCUUUAAGGAUAUGAUGGACUUAGAAUAAUACUAGUUUCGCCAUAGUGAGUUAAUUUAUGAAUCACUCUUCAUAAUUUGACAACAAAGACGUCGACAUCACUGUUAACAAAUAUGCAAUGAUAGUUUAAAUAAUGGAGUUAUUCACCUAUAAAAUGUAACAUUUCGUCAAAAUUGAAGUUAAAUAGCACUUAAAUAGCCCUUUAAAAUUAUCUCCUUCUUUAACAAUUGGAUGGUAUUUAGAUUUCGUAUUUAAAACUUACGAUAUGAAGACAAUACAACAAUAAUAUUCUCCAUCUGGUUUACAACACAGGCACUUCCGGCCGCCAUGACAGCGGCUAAAACGUAUUUCUCAAACUCAUCCGGAGUCGUCGCUUUGGGCGACUACAACGCCGACUGUUCUUACCUCAACAGUCAGGAGAGGGCAACGCUACCCCUGUUCAACGAAGCACGGUAUCAGAGUCUUAUUUCCGACAGCAUCGAUACCACCACAUCCACUUCCACGGACUGCGCCUACGACAGAAUUGUCGUUGAUGGCAAUAUCGAUGUUAUCGUUGGAUCUGCCAAAGUCUUUAGAUUCGAUUCCGCUCUUGGUCUUGACAAUAACAGUACUCGAGCCAUCAGUGACCACUAUCCCAUAGAAUGUAUACUCACAUAAUGGAUAAGAUGUUAAUUAAGUAAAUUGUGUGUUCAUUUGAGAUGCAAGC